AUGGCAACAGAGAAAGCUGUCCAUGCCUCAAAAGACUUCAACGACAUUGAAAGCAAAAUCUACGACGACAUUCCACCAAAGGCGCCCUCCAAAAAUCAGAGAAAUAUGAUUGAAUCACUGAAUUUGCCCCGACGAAAACUAAUGGACACAGGUACACAAAAGGCGUUAUCUGUCGAGAAUGCGAGCGGCAAUGUUGGUGUGUUGCUGAAAACCGAUAAUGCUGCCGGAUUCGGUAUGAACAUUCAAGGCAGCAUGAAUGAGGGAAUCUAUGUAAAGACGAUCGUUCCUAUGGGCGCAGCGGAUCAAACUGGCAAUAUUCUCCCUGGUGAUCGCAUAAAAUCUUUGACCAUAAACUUUGAUAAUAUGGUGUACGAGGAUGCGUUGACGUUGUUGAGCUAUGCGUCCCCAUAUAAAGUCAAGUUUGAGCUCGAACGAAGAGUGGAAACUCCACCGCCAAUGGAUAAUGACGACAUAUGUGAGUGA